AUGGAUGCGCGCCACCGCUCCAUCGUCGCCGCGCCGUCGACGCGAGCGCGCCACGCGCGCGCGCGAGAGAGCAUGGGCGGAGAAAAAUAUCGCGACGACGUCCGCGGGCGACGCGCGGCGAUCGCGCGCGCGACGUUCGCGCGGGCGGUGCGUCGAGAGGCGUCUCGAGGCGCCGAUGGGUGGGACGCGCUUGACGACGUCGUGGACGACGACGAUGGACGCGCGGUCGGUCGAGGACGGGCGCGGGGACGCAUCGACGUCAUCGGUGGGAUCGCCGAUUACUCGGGGAGCGUCGUGGCGCAGCUGGCGACGCGGGCGGAGACGCGGGCGGAGGUGACGUUCGCGGAGGCGACGGAUGGACGCGGGACGACGCGCGCGACGAGCGUGGAUGGGGAGACGGGGCGCGUGAUGCGAUUCGAGGGAGGAUUUAUGGACGUGUACGACGCGAAGACGUUCGAGACGACGCGCACGAGGACGUUUUUCGACGGCGCGGCGGCGUCGGCGCGAUGGGCGGCGUACGCGUGCGGAGCGCUGGGCGAGACGUUUCGAGCCAUCUUGGCGGACGACGAUGAGACGCUGGCGCGGACGCGGGCGUGGAUUAAAGAGAUCGCGAAGACGUGCGAUUGUGAGAUCAGAAUCGAGUCGGACGUGCCGCAGGGGAAAGGCGUGGCGUCUUCGGCGGCGGUUGAAGUCGCCGUCGCCCGCGCGGCGUGCGAUUAUCUCGUGCGCUCGGGCGCGGCGUCGAUGUCGAACGCGCGAUUUCGUGCGCACGUGCAAAUGAUUCCUAUGUACUGUCAUCGCGCCGAGAACGACGUCGUCGGGGCGCCGUGCGGAUUCAUGGAUCAGUACGCGUGUUUCCACUCGAUGGUUGCGUCGCCGGGAAAUUUUGUGGUGAUCGAUUGCGAUUUACAGAAGACGACGGCGCCGGACGGACCAGAGACGGAUUAUCGAUUCGUCCAGUUGCCUAAAUCGCUACGCGUCUGGGGGAUCGAUUCGGGCGUUCGUCACUCGAAUACCGGCGGGUCAGAUUACUCGCACGUGCGAUGCGCCACGUUUAUGGGCAAGAAACAACUCGUGAACGAGAUAAACGCUCGAUUGAAUGAAUCGAUCGUCUCCAGUGCGGUGAGUCUAUGCAGUGUGAUGUCAGCGCACGAUUGGGACCGUGGUUCGUUGGGUAGUCCGGGCUCGUGGUCGCAACACAUCGACGAGUCGAUGACGGGAGAGCUGUUCCUCGCGCGAUACGCAGGACACGACGACGAGCCGCACACAUCCGUUCGCGCGGACGAAACAUACGCCCUUCGUGCGUGUGUGUCGCAUCCGCUCCGUGAACACGCUCGCGUGAGCGAAUUCGUAGAAAUCUUAGAGUCCUGGCCCUCGGCGGACGACGACGAAGCCGAAAUCCUCCAGCUCGGCCGCCGACUCGGCGACCUCAUGUUCGCCUCCCACGAAGGCUACGAUUCCGUGGGACUCGGCUCAAGCGCGACGAGUCAAUUAUUGUACUGCAUUCGCGACGCCGAUCCGAAUCGUGAGCACGUCUUCGGCGCCAAGAUUACCGGCGGUGGCGCAGGAGGCGUCGUCGCCGUGCUCGGCCGGGACACCCCACAAGCCGCCGCGGUGAUCGACCGCGCGCGCGCCGCGUACGCCGCGUCGACGGAUCCGUCGCAUCAGCCCGCGAUUCUGCACGCGACGCACGCGAGCGAUCGAGCGUAG